CUCAUACACCAGAAUUAAAUUUACCCCAAAGGCCUAAUCAUUUGGAAUUAGUGCCUCAAACAAAUCUUAGUAAAUCGGGAAGUUUUAUGACUGACGAAGACAAGUCACCCACGACUCCUUCAUCGCCCAGUCGUGAGAUUCAUAAACUCAAAGAUCAAUUAGAGCAGCAGGCCAUGCAAACGCGUCAGGCUUUGGCUCAAUUAAUGUUGGUCCGUGAACAGUUGAUAUCGGAAACGAAUGCACGAAUUGAAGCUCAGGCACGCACUCAACAACUGUUACAACAAAAUCGAGAAUUAUUAGAACAUUUGGCGUCGUUGGGAGCAUAUACUGAACAGCAGUCUCCCGGUUUAACCAGUGCAAAUAUUGGCAUGGCACCACAGAAUCAUUUACAAAUGCUGCUACAAGCCACAGCUGGAAAUGCCAAUAAUAAUUUGGCCACCAUUAAUCAGCAGAUUAAUAAUUUGGGUUCAAUUAAUCAGCAGUUAACUUCGCUGAGUCACCAACUAAGUGGCCUCAAUCAACAAACACAAAAUCUACAAAAUUUCCAACAACAGCAGCAGCAACAACAUACACCCGUUUCUACGGCGGGAGCUGGACAGGGAAAUACUUUAACACCGCAAACUCCUACCACAUCUUUGCAUCAGUCUCAGCUACAUUUGAAUGUUUCUGCAGCAAAUGCUACAAGUGCCACAAAUACUCUUUCGACUAGCCCGUUUCCUUCCAUGAAUCAAUUACAAAACAUAACCACACAAUUGCAGCAAUUAAAUUCACCGCCAGUUAUGCAACAGCAGCAGCAACAACAGCAAGCCCAAGAUGUUCUUUCAAAGGAUUUAUUCAAUGUCAAUCAGGAGUUGUUAAAUCGUUUGCAAGCCUUAAAUUUGGGUGCCACAACAUCGGGAGCAAUAGCCAUAGCUAAUGGUGGUGGCAGUACACCACAACCCCCUCCUUCACCACACAAUUCCUUUUUCUUUGUCAAUCCCAUGUCUUGCAGUCCUUCCAAUAACAACAAUACAGCCAGUAGCAACUAUAAUUUCUUAAGUACCCCCAGUUCCAUGGGUAAUCUAACGCCCUCACCCAUGGGAACCCUCAAUCGUAAUUCCUAUUCCAAUUCACCCAUUACCGAUGAAAUGCGCAUGAGCAUGGAGAAAAAUCUCAAUGCGCUCGAUGAACAACUAAUGAAAGCCAUAUCGAAUGGUAAUAUAGCUGCUUCUGGUUCUCGUGAAAACAGCAGAUCAUCUUCCACGGUAGAAUCGCCGCUCACCUCCAUGGUGCGCAGCACUUCAAAUUUAAAUAACAACAAUAACAAUAACAACGAUAUAAGUCCCUCGACCUCAUCAUCGCCCCGUUUUAAUACGGUCAUGCUGAAGGUGACCGACGAAGCGGGUAAUGUUACAAAUCAACGAAAAUUAUCAGCAACGCCGAGUUUCAUAACACGCAGCACCAGCGAAAAGGUACCAAAUCGUAGUCAAAUUAUGAGUCAAGUUCAGAGAACGGCAUGGGCCCGUCACACUACCAAAUAGGAGUGGGAGAUAUUUUUUUAAGAAUUUCCAAGGAGCUAGAGUCGGCAACAUACAUAUAUGAGUAGAAUCAUGAAAAGAGUUUUCAGCUGUCAAAACUCUUAUAACUGUACUGUAUACUGUAUUGAUUCUCAGAUAAUGAUGCUGAAGUUGUCGGAAGAUCAGUUCAGUUGCUCCUUGUAUUUUAAUGUUCUAAAAUUUUAUUCAAAAGAAAACUAAGGGUAUUAAUUUAAGUUUAAAAUAUAACGAAAAUUUAUAUUCAAAAUAUGACAACUCCAAUUUCGAUCAAAAUGAGUUUUUGAUAUCACAUAGAUCAUAAAAAAUUUCCGGCUCCGAUAAUAAUAUAAAAAGUAAAAGUGCUCAGAAAUGCUGAAAAAAACUGGAAUUGUUUUCUGAACAAUUUAUUUUCAGAGUUUAAAUUUUUUGAAUAUAAACUUUCGAUAUCAAUAUUUUACUAAAAUAAACGGGAUAUAAUAACAGCUUAUUAGGCAAGUUAAAGAAGUCUUAUGACAAUUUUGAAUAAAAUUUUAUAUUUUAAAUAACUUUUAAGCUAAAAUUAAUUUAAUUUUUUAAAGUAUUUCCUUAACUAUUUAUUGUGCUAAGUUUAAAUAAAUUUAGUUUUUCAACUGCUUCGAUUUUAUUUAAUUUAAAAUGUACUUUAAUUAAUUCUUAGUCCAAAAGGAAUGUUAAAUAUUCCUCAAAAAAAUGUUUAAUAAAUUUUCAUAAACAAUUUAAUUUAAGAGUAUUAAAUCUUUAAUAUAUUAAGUUAAAAGUAUAAGGAAAUACAUAUUCAAAUCUUAUAAAUUGCUUUCACAGUAUUAAUUUCAAAACCUAUUACAUAUCGGCCGAAUUUGAACAAAAGUAACACAUAAAGGGGCAUAAAACAGAGUUGCAUUUAUUUGGAAUAAAUUCCACUAUUUAAAAGGUUAAAAGGUUCUCUGCUUAAUUUUUAGUAAAAAGCUAAAAAUAGUUAAAUUUACAGCAUUUCUUUCGAUGGACAUUUACAUUAUAAUACCUAAUAAUUCUAAGCAUUAUCAAUCUUAUGAUGGGACCAGUAAAGGGUUAUGUUGAGCAAUUUUUCAAAAAAUUUCAAAAAUGUUCCUUAAACUUACGAAAAUGUUCCAUGAAAGGUGAAAUAGCGAAAUGGUUCGAAAAUGUUCAAAAUUUUUUUUAAAUAAGGAAAUUAAAACAAAUUUUCUAUAAAAAAUUCAAAGUUUUUUCUUAACGGAAAAAUUUCCUAUAAGAAGAGGAAAUUUUAGAUU